UAAGCAGAGGGUCUGUUCUCUCUUUUGAUAUAUUGUAUGUUCAGAUAUUCACUUAAAAUAUUCUGGGGGCCAGGAAAAUUUUGUGAAAAUGCUGGAAGGGAAUUGCAUAUUAGAACUGUAAUAUAUGGUAUAAAUGGUUUCUGCACCCAAACAUUGCAGUUUUGUCUACUGGACAGAAUAUCACACUCUUUCAUUGGUAGUUUAUCAUUUUUCUUUGAAUUAUCCAGCAUACUGACAGCAGCGUGUGAGUGGGGCUUUUAUUUUGGUGUGGUGUUGUGACGUCUUAAGGCUGCGCCGCUCUUCUGCAUGCUGAAGAAAGGACAAACACACAGAAAAACUCCUGGGGAAGCGACUGAGAUCCACUAUUAUAAUGAUGGCGUUUAUUAAAGUGGAGAGUGAAGACAUAAAGAUUGAGUUUAUUAAAGAGGAGAAUGAAGAUGUGAAGAUUGAAAAAGAAUUCAGAGUGAAACAAGAAGAAACUGAUGAACAAACAGACCUAAUGGCACUUAAAGAGGAGACUGAAGUACUAAAUGAAAUGGAAGAGGAAGAUCAACAUAAACGUCAUCAUGGUCUCAUAACUGGGGAAAAUACUUCCUCACAAAAAAUAGUUCAGAAGACAGGAACUAGAAGUCACUUCAUUUGCCAACAGUGUGGAAAGAGUUUCAACAGAAAAGGAAACCUUAAAGACCACAUGAGAGUUCACACUGGAGAGAAAUGUUUCACCUGCCAUCAGUGUGAAAUAAGUUUCACUCUGAAAAAAAACCUUAACAGGCACAUGAAAAUUCACACUGGAGAGAAACCUUACACAUGCCCUCAGUGUGGAAAGGGUUUUGAUCAGCGUGUAAACCUUAAAGUCCACAUGAAAGAUCACACUGGAGAGAAACCCUACAUGUGCACUCAGUGUGGAAAGAGUUUCUUUCAAAAAGGACACUUUAAAGAACACCUGAGAAUUCACACUGGAGAAAGCCAUUUCAUCUGCCAACAGUGUGGAAAGAGUUUCACUCAGAAAGGAAGUCUUAACAGGCAUAUGAGAAUUCACAUUGGAGAGAAGCCUUUCACAUGCCUUCAGUGUGGAAAGAGAUUCACUCAACAUGGAAACCUUGAAGUCCACAUGGUAGUUCACACUGGAGAGAAGCUUUACACUUGCCAAAAGUGUGAAAAAAGUUUCAACCGAAAAGGAAACCUUAAUGCUCACAUGAGAAUUCACACUGCAGAGAGCCUUUUCACCUGCCAACAGUGUGGAAAAGGUUUCACUCUGAAAGGAAGCCUUAAAAAGCACAUGAGCAUUCACACUAGAGAAGAGCCUUAUACAUGCCCUCACUGUGGAAAGAGUUUCAAUGAAAAAGGACACUUUAAAGUCCACUUGAGAAUUCACACUGGAGAGAAACCCUUUAUGUGCCUUCAGUGUGGAAAGAGUUUCAAUGAAAAAGGACACUUUGAAGACCACAUGAAAAUUCACACUGUAGAGAAGUCUUUCACCUGCCAACAAUGUGGAAUAAGUUUCAAUCAUAAAGGAAACCUUGACAGGCACAUGAGAAUUCACUCUGGAGAGAAACCGUUUAAAUGUGGUCACUGUGAAGAGACUUUCAGAUAUAAAGUAACCCUCAAGUACCACAUCAGGGUUCAUGUAUGAGAGUGCUGUUUUAUAUGUCAUCAGUGUGGAAUGAGUUUCACAGACAAGAAUCACCUCAGAAAUCAUGUAAUAACACACCAGAGAGUGGCCUUUCAUGUGCCAUCACACUGGAAAGACUUGCAGAAAUAAAGCAACCUUGAGGUUCACAUAAGCUCCCAAGUGGCAUUUAGAUGAACAUGUAAAAAUGUUCUGCACAUUUCUUUCAAUAACAAAAUAAACCCAAUGAAACAAAAAGUGUUUGUGAAAGCAUCUGAUCAUAGUGAUUACAGGUGGGAAUCUUUUGGUACCUCAUGAUAUCUGAUUUUAUUUAUGCGUAGAUUUGAUUGUAGUUUACUGUUUUGUGUUACUUUUCUUAUCUUGAAAAAAAUCUCACUGAAUUAAUGGGAAACCUUGAAAUUUAUUUUUCUUCCCAUUUUAGUUAACCCAGUAUUAUUAAACUAAUGCCAUUUAAAGGAUUAGUCCACUUUUAAAUAAACUUUUCCUGAUAAUUUACUGAUAAUUUA